UAUACAUACAGUAAGUGCAGGACAAGGCUGUUCACAACCCUUUUACACGACAGGCCGCCUUAUCCAACGCAAUACUGAUCCGACGGAACCUGGGUCCAGCGCAACACAUAGACUCCGAGAUCUUCUCUCUUGGAAAUUGUUAACCUUAGCCCCGCGGCCCCUCGAUACAGCAGCUCAGAGCGCGCUCGACUGCGCCGACCAUCACUUUACGCGAACGCGCCCUGUCGGAAAAUGCGUUGAGCAUCGCUCGACACCUGCUCACCAUGGCUGCUGACAUGCGCGCCCUCGAGGCCCUGCAGGCCUUGCAUGGGGAGCUGCUUGCGGUUCGCCAACACCGCUUCGAAAGCUUCCCCGUGUUGGUGCAGCUGCUGGAAUCGCAGACAGACGUAUUCAAGAAGCUGAUCGACAAGCCUCCCCGAAUCCCGGCCCACAGGCAAUCCUUAGGGACAGGGAAGAUCAAAAUCGGCGGCGAAGAGUACGCAAUAAACGACGAUUUCGUUAACGACUGUCUGAAAGCUGCCGAUGAACUGGAUCUUGAUGAGCUGGAGGCCGCGAGGCUACUCGUGGACUGCGCUGCCGAGGGCGACCCAGAGACGCAGUGCCGGCCCCUUUGGGAAUGUGCUGUCAUCCGCUUCCACCAGGAGCACAAGUAUCUGCUCGACUGCAUGAGGCUUUGCCUCGAGGCAGCGGCCGAUGAUGAGCUCGACCCUAACAUUCAAGAGUUUCUCGGCGCCGUUGCCGAAGAGAAGGUAUUCGGCAUCCCACCGCCUGGGUCACAGCCGCAAGGAUCCGACAAGAAGAUUGUGCCGAGGUGCAUGGAGGCGAUGCAAAAUGUCAGGUCAACGCUCCAAAGCAUGAUGGAGAAGGCGCAUGCCCGGCUUAUGCUCCAACAAGCCAGUCUGGUAAAACCGCCAGAAAACUACGAAACCUACGAGUUUUCCCGAUUGAGCCUCGUCGAGCAGCAUGAGUGCCUGGCUGCAAUCCUCCAUGCUGCCGUUGAGAAGCAUCAUGCGAGCGUCAAUGACUUCAAAGACUUGCUCAACCUGUUCAAGAAGAUCGACAAGUACGAUCAUUUCCUUGUUCAUCUGUUUCCGGUUCUUGCUGCCUACAUCACAGAAUUCGGCUCGCCCGAGGGAGUUGGCGACCUUCAGCAAGCACGCCAAUUGAAUACAAUCGUCUGUAAGCAAGGCGAAGAGAAUUCUUGGACCCUCGCGAACCUCGGUGCCGCCGUCCGGGCGUGGUGGAUUGCUGAGUACGGUGGAUGGUAUGUCGACGACUCGAGCUAUGAUUUCCAGGGCAUCAACCUCGAUGAGGAAGACGAAGAGAGGACAAAGCAGUUCAUGGAGGCGCUGAAAGAGGGCGCCUUUGACUUUAUCCUAGCUGUUGCUACCGACUGUAAAGCCCAAGAAUGGCAGGAUCCAUCACGAUUGGGAAUGCGUCAGUGGCUGCCGCGGAAAUCUCCUCACCUGGCCUCUGAUCCAUUCCCUUUCAGCCAUUUUCUUCAGCGCAGUCUGAUGGUGCACCUGGAGGGUUUCAUCGAUGCAGCCAUCUCGAAUCUCCCAGACAUUCUCCGCAAAUUGAGGACCGAGGAGGACGAGCAACGCCAGCUCAGCCAGAGCCACGAGCAGGACCUCGACCUCGAACGGUUCUUGAUCAUCAUCUCACACGCCUACGAAGGCAGGCCGGACGCAGCCAUGUCAUUCUGGGAAGAUCCCGAUAGCAACUUGGCUGGCUUCUUGCAGUGGACGUCUAGGCGAGCGUCAACUCCUCUCGUCAGUGCCUUCUGCGAAAUGCUCCAGUGCCUGUCGGACAACGAAGACUGCGCUACGGCUGCCUACACUUUUCUCCAGGACGAAAGCCACCAAUCCUCGGGCAAGAUGAAGCGUUCCCAGUCCCUGACAUGGAACCAAAUAUUCAAGGAGCUGGAGUACUUCACGGCUAAGCUCCGCGAGAGACCGAGCCCCGCCCAGUCCUACCGCCCCGGUAAGCCCGGCGCUGACCUGGCCGAGGCGGAACCCGAGUCGGCCAUGAUGCUGGAAUGCUACUUGCGGCUGAUAGCCAAGCUUUGUUCCGAGAGUGAGGUUGCGAGACAGAGGAUGAUUCUGGACGAGGAACUGAAUGUGGUCGGCACACUGCUUCGUCUGGCGACCUGCAUGAUACCGUCUCGACUCCGGGCUUGCGUCUUCUACGUCCUGAAGGCUCUGAUGGAGCGCAAACAGCCUGCAGAGAGCGAUGCAAUGUGGAGACAUGUCGAUAUGUGGCUCACUGGUAACCUACCCACGCAAGGAGGGUCACAGCGAAGCCAGUUUCUCGGCCAGAGCAUGAGCAGUCAGGCUUUCAUGGAGGCCACCAUGUCUGAGAUCAGUAGUAAUGGCUUUGAAGAGCCGAAUGCCUUCAUCCAGCUUCUUACAUCACUCGUCGCCCCCGUGGAUGGGCCUGAGGGUCUGAACGACUCACUCCCGUUCCCCGAAGAUUUAGGUGCUAGCUACCGGAUUCCGGGGGUGGAGACCUAUGUCGACUUCGUGUUUCAUAUCCUGGCGACCCAGAGCAAAGAUAUACUGGAUGCUUCUCAGCUCCGGGUAUUACGACUCAGCUGCCUGGAAUUUGCGCUGACAUGUCUCUCUACCUUCAACGAGGACCUCAUCGUCCUGGGAAACCAGAGCAACAUUGACAUCGACGCGGCCAUGCCGACCACGGACCUGGCGACGUACAUGCGUCUUCAUCCCUUUGCUCGUGUCAUGGACUGGAUGUUCAAUGAGAAAGUCAUUACGGCCCUGAUCAGCACUAUACACCAAGAAUCUAGCGGCUUAGGCAGUGCACCUCCCGACUCACCCCUCGUCCUGAGCAUUCUGCGAGGAAUCCAAGUCAUGAUCAAGGUCCUCGAACUGCAAGAGACCUAUCUGCACCUUGUCCGGCCACUCAUCAAAGCUCGGCCGAGAAAGCAAGGAGCAUCCCCAGCAAAUGCUGCGUAUACCUCGUUCGAGGAUGGCAUCCUAGGCCAUCUGUCGUUGGUGGUCGACCUAGGGAAGUACUGCAAUCUCGGCCACGGAGAGUUGACGCUGGCGUGCCUCAAGCUGCUCGAAAAGAUCUCCACCUCUUCAAGGAUCAUCUCGGCAUGGAACCCCGAGUCGGGCCAGCUUGGCCACCGGAACAAGGCGAUUGUUCAACUUGAAAAGAACGGCGAGGGCGAAGUUAUUGCCUCUUCCCUGGCCGCCAACCUUGUUUCUACUAUAGACCCGGUUGCAGAGGCCGACUCGGAAAGCUACCUGAUCAAGGUGUUUAUCCUUGACUUCCUCUACGAAUGCCUAAGCGCCACACCGAACCAGCCAACCAUUGCGCAUCUACUUCUAGGCUUCCAUUGCGAGCUCAACCGGCUUAGCAUCGAGCCAAAUGGCCCAUAUGACCAACAAAAGUCUCUCUUCCACAGCCUUCUCAAUGUGCUCAUCGCACUCACAGUGUAUCAAGAGGAGCGUGGAAUGAGAGGCUACUUGAUCGUUCUGAAAUUCAAAAUUCUACGGGUUCUGCAGGUUCUUUGGAAAUCCCCGCUGUCGGCUGCUCUAGUCAUGGACGAGUUGAGGGCGACAAAUUUCAUGUUUCACAUGCUGUUGAGAGAGGUCCAAAUCCAGCCGGAUCUGACAUGGGAUGGCCUGGAAGCCACACACCCCGAGUUCCUGCUUUCCGAUGCGUCAGUGGCAUACAUCGAUUAUCUGAGCUCGCGGGCCAUGAUUCUCGAGUACAUCGGGAAGGAGUUGUGCAGCGUCUCGCAGAACCGGAUACCGUCGAUCAAGCGCCAGAUUUUCGAUGCCCUGAACGGCCAGAUCAGAGAAGCGGGGGAGGAACCGCUGACAGUCCCCAACAUCUUCGACUUGUUUGACUUUUUGAACCCCGAAGCCCGCUGGGACGUCGCUCCGCCAGAAUUCGUGUUCUUCAAGGAUCUCGAUCUUAGCCCAUGUGCUGAAGAGCACCGAGCGACGGGCCUGCAGUAUAACAUCCAUAAAGUGAAAGAGACAAUUGAGCUGAAACGAAAUGAACGAAGGGACCAACUUCAGAUGGCAACCCAGGAGGAGUUGGAGGCCAUCGAAAAGGAGGAGAUACUGUUGGUUGAGUAUCUCACCUUCAGCAACCGCAAGCAGCUAUUCAGCUCGUCAAGGCUCGGCUUGCUCAAGGCAUGGGUGAAUCUUUUACUCGUCAUGUUCGAGGCCAGCGAGUUCAGAGGCACGCCAAAGAUGGCCUUUCUCCUACAAGCGCUGCAAGCAAUCCUCCCAACUCUGGAGACCUUUGUCGCCCUGAGUACAGCCGAGGCGUAUGAGCUUGCGCGCGUCGCAAAAGUGUUACUCUUCAAGCUCGACCUAUCCGGCGAGGGCGAGGAGGGUGAAGAUGCGAUUGAGGGCGAGAGCCAUUUCAACGCCACCACCCGCAGCUCGGAAAAGGAGCGGUUCACAGUCGGCAAUCUUAUCAGCGACAAACUGUUCCAGCUUUUUCAGAUUUGCCUCAGCGCCAUCGGGAAAUGGUCGGGCAGCGCCGAGUUGCGUGCCAUUUACUACAGCAUCUGCUACCGGUAUCUCACCGCCGUGGUAGACAAGGACAUCACUGCCGCGCCCACCCACCGCGCCUUCACCCGUACCCCUACCCGCAUCCUCACCACGGCGCGUGCCAAGACUCUCAAGACGAUCCAUCUCCACGGCGACCGUCUCCUUAACGUCAUCUGCGACGACGCCUACGGGAGCGACAUGACCUGCCAAACAGCCGCCACAAUCCUGCUCUCCGCACUGGUACACGUUUCCUGCGCCCCCGGCCAGUCCACCGGCUUGUCCCCUACGUCUUCUGACGAAAUCCAACUAAUCGACUCCCUCAACCGCCUCAACUUCAUCGCCAUCCUAGUCGACUCCCUCAAAUCCAUCCUGACCGACUGGCUAUCCAUCAUCUCGGCCCUCUUCCCCUCGCAAACGAACUACGCCAGCACCACAACGAGCACCCCGUCGCCCACCUACCCGAUCAGCAUCGCCCAGGCGCGCGCUCUGGAGCAGUACACGGCCGCCAAGCUGGCGCUGCUCCUUCAGAUCAGCCAGACGCGGUCCGGGGCCAAGUACAUGCUCCAGGCCAACCUGUUCCACGCGCUCGACGCGUCGGGCGUCUUCGCCGCCGACCCGGAGUUGCAGGUCGACGCGCGCAAUCUGCGCGCCCUCGAGAAGCACUACGCCCUUCUUGUAUCGCUCGUGCGCAUCGUCGCCGCCGCCGUGCUCGCCCGCGGCGCAAACAACAUUCUGCAAGGGAGGAAAUUCCUCCUCCGGUGUCGCGCCCUGGUCGUGCACACGCUCAAGCGUAGUGCUGGGAUCGGCAUGGGUAUGGGUGGUGUGCAGCCAUCCAUGCCGAUCGGGAUGAUGAUGCCGGGGAUGAUGACGGGGAGGAGUAGUGGUGGUUUUGGAGCGGGAGCGGGAGCGGAGGAGGAAGCGCAGCGGCUUAGUUUGGAGGAGAGGAUUGAUGAGUCGGCGGAGGCGUUUAUGUUGCUCAUUACGGCGACGGGGUUUUUGGAGUACGAGGCCGACCAAGUCCCUGCUGAGAAGCCCCGGGUGAGCACCGCGCAUCUGUUUCAUUAGAGACGUGGGAUAGUGGAAGGAAGAGGAGCAAAGGGGAGGUGUAUUUAAAAGAAGACGUGUGGGAUCUGUCGCUUGCUCUAACUUAGUUAGAGCGAAUGUAUCAAUGUAUUAUUCAGGGGUCUGUUUCUUCUGUUCAUGUGCAUGCGUGUGUGGCUUAAUCUCGCAGUGGUCGUUGUAGUGCAUAUCAUCAGGUUGGGGCGGCUAAAGUCAAACCCUCAUUCAUAGCGACCAAGCAACAUACCAACAUGCACGCUGCGCGUUGAGAUGCGACGACAUUGACCUGGUAAUAGAAUGUAUGUUCGUUUUCCUAUCUACAUGAGGGCCUAUGCGGCCUACUCUGCCCUCCUGACGCGAAGCAAUUGAUUACAAUAUGGAAGUGGGUAUUCGGCAAGAUGAUGCAAACGCCGUUCCAA